UGAUGUGGAAUGUAGUAAUAAGAGGUACCUAAGCCACAUUUACACCCGGCUCAUCUCAGAAUCCCCGUGGCUCACAUUUCGGACAUAUGAUAUGUCCAUCGUACCUAACUGCAUACGCCUCAGUUAAAUAGAUAUCAUCCUGAUAUGUAAUUGCGCGAUAAUAUCCCAAAGAGUAAUUCGCAUCUCGUCGGCCGACGGAUCUUAUCAAGUCAAAAGAAGCUCAACUUUAAGAAUCAAGGUUAAACAACAACCUAGGUUAUCUCAAGUAUUUAAGCUCGAUUAAACACGGGAUGAGAUCCGAGAGACCUACGGGCUAAUUCGGGGACACCGGAUAGCAGACCAAUAGACGUAAACGUUAUCAUCAUCAUCAUCAUCGGGGAAGCCGGAGAUCUGACUCGCGUUAUCUGUCAGUGUCUUUCAAGCUGCAAUUAAUCUAACCUACACAAUUCAUACGGAUUUACGUCUGGUUCUUCAUAUUAAAAUCCAGAUAUUCCACAAUGCUAAAGCAUAUGAACAGACCCCGGAAAACCAGGACAGCAACGAGUACUCCUACUCCUGUACCUCACAUCAUCACCAUCUCCCGCUGUCCGCCGCUACCCCUGGAAAUAUGGACGCAGAUCAUGCGUACGCUGGUCCACAGCGAGGACUUACCGGAACUUUGGGCGGGCUUGCGUCUACUUUCCCAUACGUUGAAGGCGGCGCUCGAGACUGCCUUCGUGGAUGAGCACCUGUCGCGGCUGCGCGGGUGGCUGUACGUGGGUGAUCCAAACCCACUGGUUCCGCGGCGUUCGUGGGGCGGAAGCGGUAAUAAUAUAAAACGCAUCAUAUCUCUACCUCUGGUACUAUCACGGUUAUCAUCUGACCGGCAGCGCGCGUACUUCGUAUCGCUGCUACACCGGGACGACCCAACUUUAGAAAUGAGUCCGCUAUUCGCCGAAUGCGGCGAUGAUACGGUGGUAGCGGAAUGGCUGCGGUCGGCUCACGGGGUUCCGCCGCCAGGCGGCCGCGCCACCGAAGCACGACUGCGAUUGACCAUCGGCCCAGACUGCGAGUGGACGCACUGGAAACACCACGUUAUCGACAGCGAUAGGUUCGUAGUCGAAUCGCAGAAGAUUAUCUUGGAGGAUACUUACGAACGUGAGAGUAAGGACGGAGGUAGUGGGAACGAGAGAAGAGGGAGAGGGAAGAAGAAAGGGAAGCCGGCGCGUGCGAUUGGGCUCGAAGUUGAUCGUACUAAAUGCGAAAUCUCAUUUGAAUGGACUACCCUGAUUAGCUCCUUGUUCGCUAUGCCGCGUAGAACGUUCGGUGAAGCGCUCCGGAGCUAACCAUUUCCUAAAAUCCGACUUUAACACCAGAGCUGGCCUACCGACUUGAAUAUUUAAAAGGUAACCAGUUUCCAGGAACAAGGGCAAAG